AUGUUAAACAAGAACAUUCUGCUGUUGUGUCUCCAGAUUAGUCUCCUAGGAAUCACUCUUGGUGGGAAUGUUCUGAUUUGGCCAAUGGAAGGUAGUCACUGGCUGAACAUUAAGAUAAUUAUAGAUGAGUUGAUUGAAAAAGAGCAUAAUGUGACUGUCUUAGUUGCCUCUGGUGCACUUUUCAUCACGCCAACCUCGACCCCAUCUCUGACAUUUGAAAUAUAUAAGGUGGCCUUUGGCAAAGAAAGAAUAGAAGGACUGAUCAAGGACUUUGUUUUGACAUGGAUGGAAAAGAGGCCAUCUCCUUCAACCAUUUGGAGAUUCUAUCAAGAUAUAGCCAAAGUCAUCAAGGACUUCCACAUGGUAUCUAGAGAAAUCUGUGAUGGUGUUCUUAAAAACCAAAAGCUGAUGGACAAGCUGAAGAAAAGCAAAUUUGAGGUCCUGAUAUCAGAUCCAGUAUUUCCUUGUGGUGAUAUAGUAGCUUUAAAGCUGGGAAUUCCAUUUAUGUACUCCCUCAGGUUUUCUCCAGCCUCAACAGUGGAAAAACAUUGUGGGAAGGUACCAUUCCCUCCUUCCUAUGUUCCUGCCACUUUAUCAGAACUCACGGACCAGAUGUCUUUCACUGACAGAAUAAGAAAUUUCAUCUCCUACAGUCUACAGGACUACAUAUUUAACACUCUUUGGAAAUCAUGGGAUUCCUACUAUAGUAAAGCUUUGGAUGGUAGCCAUUGGUUAAAUAUUGAGCUCAUUCUAGAAGAGCUGAUCCAAAGAAAUCACAAUGUGACUGUACUGGCUUCAUCAGCAACUCUAUUCAUCAACUCCAAUCCUGAUUCUCCUGUGAAUUUUGAAGUGAUACCUAUCUCCUAUAAGAGCAGCAAUAUAGACUCCUUAAUUGAACACAUGAUAAUGCUGUGGAUAGACCACAGACCAACUCCUCUCACUCUCUGGACUUUCUACAAAGAACUAGGAAAAUUUCUAGAUGCUGCUUUUCGAAUGAAUAUACAAAUCUGUGAUGGAGUAUUAAACAACACCAAGUUACUGGCAAGACUUCAGGAAGGUGGUUUUGAUGUAUUGUUAGCAGACCCAGUAACUGUCUGUGGGGACCUGGUUGCUCUGAAAUUAGGAAUUCCAUUUGUGUACACACUGAGGUUCUCUCCAGCCUCAACAGUGGAGAGACACUGUGGGAAAAUCCCCGCACCUGCCUCCUAUGUUCCUGCAGCUUUGUCAGAGCUCACUGACCACAUGACCUUUGGUGAGAGGGUAAAAAAUACUAUAUCCUAUCUUCUGCAAGACUACAUAUUUGAAUCCUAUUGGGGAGAAUGGAAUUCAUACUACAGCAAAGUUCUAGGAAGACCCACUACAUUAUGUGAGGUUAUGGGGAAAGCAGAAAUUUGGCUAAUCCGGACAUAUUGGGAUUUUGAAUUUCCUCGUCCAUACUUACCCAAUUUUGAGUUUGUAGGAGGGUUGCACUGUAAACCAGCCAAACCAUUACCUAAGGAAAUGGAAGAAUUUGUCCAAAGUUCAGGUGAAGAUGGUAUUGUGGUGUUUUCUCUGGGGUCAAUGGUCAGAAACCUCUCAGAUGAAAAAGCCAAUCUCAUUGCCUCAGCCCUGGCCCAGAUUCCACAAAAGGUUUUAUGGAGAUACAAAGGAAAGAAACCAGCCACAUUAGGAGCCAAUACUCGGCUCUAUGAUUGGAUACCCCAGAAUGAUCUUCUUGGUCAUCCCCAAACAAAAGCUUUUAUCACUCAUGGUGGAACCAAUGGGAUCUAUGAAGCUAUUUAUCAUGGGGUUCCUAUGGUGGGAGUUCCCAUGUUUGCUGAUCAGCCUGAUAAUAUCGCUCACAUGAAGGCCAAAGGAGCAGCUGUGGAGGUGAACAUAAACACAAUGACAAGUGAAGAUCUGCUCAAUGCCUUGAGAACAGUCAUUAAUGAACCUUCUUAUAAAGAGAAUGCUACAAGGUUAUCAAGGAUUCAACAUGAUCAACCUGUAAAGCCCCUAGAUCGAGCAGUCUUCUGGAUAGAGUUUGUCAUGCGUCACAAAGGAGCCAAGCACCUGCGUCCAGCUGCCCAUGACCUCACCUGGUUCCAGUACCAUUCUUUCGAUGUGAUUGGUUUCCUGCUGGUCUGUGUAGCAACUGCUAUCUUCUUGGUCACAAAAUGUUGUUUGUUUUCUUGCCAAAAACUUGGUAAAACAGGAAAGAAGAAAAAGAGGGAAUAGAUCUUUCUAAGUUUGGCAAAGGCCUUAAUGGGCAAUCCUGUUCAUUCUAGCCACAGUGACCUUAAUGAAAACACAUGAUCUCCAUCCUGUUUUCAAAAUUCCCUUUCCUCUACCUUAGCUUAGAGAUAAAGCCUAGAAUUCAACAUGAUCAUUAACUAGUAAACACGUCCCAGUCUUCUUUUGUCUUCUCCCAGGUGCCUUUACCCUCUUCUUCUCAUUUUCCUGACACAGGGACACUAAUAAUUUUAUGUAUACUCUAUUCAAAAUACCACUAUUUUUCAGUAUGCUUAACCUUAGGAACAUGCUGGCUGACAACAUGCUGAAUCCUCAGGAACACACAAAGUAUGAGCUGAAUGUGAUGGAUGUAGGGAACAUAGAAGACUAAACUUCACAAGUUCCCCUAGAAUAUACAAAUCAAGGAACCACCAUAAAAUAUUAGUAUGCUAUAAUAAGAGUAAUUAUUUCUUUUUGCAUAAAAAUAAGCCCUUCUGCUAGCCCAAAGCGACUGGAGUCAGAGCCUAUAUUGAUAACUGUAAUAAUGUAUCAUUCUAGGGAAAGUCUACAAAUUCCCACUGAACACACAGAUAAUCAUGGCCUAUGUUCCAGCCUGUAAUCAACCAGUACUCUUGUGUGGACUCUAAUGCAAGGGUCUGGGGACUUCCCUCAAACAAAAGAGAUUAAGUGGGUCAUUAUUUGCUCUCAGGGACAGAGAAUGUCAGCAAUGUUAAAGAUGAAGAGAUCAUUUAUGGAAGAAAUAACUAAGAAAUAUAGAAAAUAUUUUAGUAAUUUUAUGAAAUGUUUAAUUAACAGUACAAUUGAUAAAGUUAAAUGCCAAUUUAGUAUAUUGAAAAAUGACUAAUGCACAUAAUCUAUAAUCACUCUUUAUAAUCAAAUUUGUUCAGUUUUCCAGCAAAAACAAACAUUUACUUGGAAUAUAAGAUCAUUGUAUCAUUUUUCAGUCUUUGUCUUCUACAAAUUUAAAUUUAUUAAUUAAGCAUUAUGCCAAGGACGUAUGGUAUUAGCAGGUCUACAUGACUAAGGGCAUGCUAUAGUAAAUAGUUAUCAUGCAAAGAUCAUAUUUGAAUCAGCUUUGCAUUAAUUUAGCAACUAGAUUAAAGACUGCACUUUCUUUACCCUUUAUAAACUUAAUGACAUGUUCUAAUUAAAGUUUUAAUUCCAGUAUUAGCUGUAUAGUUGAGGCAAUAAAUAACAUCCAUUGGCUUACUGAAAAUUUUGAAAUCUGUUGUCAUUUCAAUGUGGCAUUUUGAAAAUUACUUCCAAUUUUAAAAUAACUGAAUGAUAUAUGAUACAUGAACAUAUAAGAAUUUCUUUUUGAAUAUGUACAUGACUGGAAAUGCAAAUAAACUCUUAAAAAAUUUUUUUGUGAAGGCUGAAAAUGUGU